AUUAAAAUUUGUAGGUUUUAAGCAAUUAUAUUGUACAUAAUUUAAAUUAAAUUUCCACUUAACCAGAGAUAUCAUUAUGUCACUUAACUCAUUUUUGAUGGUUAUUCUAUUAUUAAUCCUUUCAUUUCAUAAUCUGAUUUUUUUUUUUUUUUUUUUUUAUUAAACCUACAUUGUUUUGAGUUUAAAUGAUCUCAGUUUUAUGAAUGGAUAAUAGUGGUCUGUGAAUUUAUGUUGUAUUUUGUAAGUUUUUAUAUUUGUUAAUGGACACAGGAAUUCAUUUAAAUGGGGUAAACUAAAGAUUAAAGUGAGACCCUUGGGUUAAGAUGUUUUAAUUAGAAAUAUUUUCCUAAAUAUACCUAUAUAACAAAUAAUAAUUUUAGCAAGAAUAGGAAAGGAAUCAUUUCUCAGCUGUGAGAAGAGUUCAGUCUCACGCGCGUUCGAAAGCUUCACUCAGAAUCACGUCACAAUGAAAUAGAACGUUGUGUUGCUGAUUUGAGAAACAUUUCCUCAGUUUUCUCAGUCUUCUCGUUGCUGUCUCUUCUGCUGUUCGUAUUGAGUUUACCCGAGUCAACAUUUGUUAUCAUGGCAAUGUUGAAGCGAAAACGUAGUUUUUGCGCUCAGGUGUGCGACUCUUACAGCGGCACAUCCUCAUUCAGCACCGAUGCGGCUAAAAUCCAUCAGCCCGUUAGUGUUGUUGAGGAACAAGAGAUGCCAGUGAGAAAGAGGAGGAGGACGGAGAGUUUUGAGAAGCUGCCGUCUCUUCAUUUCUGUGACUGGAGCGGCAGCUCAGAUCAAGAUACCGCUGCGCAUGAGAGAAGUACUGAUGACCAGAUUUCUCUACAGUACAGCGCCUGUGCUCUAGAGGAUCAUGGUCUUCAGGAACCUCUUUCCAGCGGUCUUGAUGUCCUUCCUCCUGCAGAUCAACAGGUUCAAACCCCUCCAGCUCCAGUCCACCAUUGGUUUGAGCCUGUUAGUGAGGGAAGUGAUAGUGAGCAGAGCCAGAGGAGGAAGAGUAGUUUUGGAGAGCUGCUCACUCUUCACUGGAGCUGCAGUUCAGGUCAGGGUCAGAAAGUGGAGGAUCAGACCACUGCAGCUGUUAGUGAGAGACACGCUGAGGAUGAACCUAAGCGGACAUCUUUUAACAAUGGCCGAAAGAGAAAACGAAGUUCUCACAGCGCUCAGGUGUACGACUCCCAUCAGAGUACAACAUCCAGCACCGAUGCGGCUGAAAACCAUCAGCCCGUUAGUGUUGGUGAGGACACUGAGAUGCCAGUGAGAAAGAGGAGGAGGACGGAUGGUUUUGAGAAGCUGCCGUCUCGUCAUUUCUGUGACUGGAGCGGCAGCUCAGAUCAAUUGAGAAGUGCUGAAGACCAGAAUUCUCUACAGUACAGCGCCUGUGCUCUAGAGGAUCAUGGUCUUCAGGAACCUCUUUCAAGUGGACUUGAAGUCCUUCCUCCUGCAGAUCAACAGGAUCAAACCCCUCCAGCUCCAGUCCUCCUCAGUCCAGUCAGUCCAGAACCAGUUCACAACAGGGGGGACGUGACAACUGAGGACGACAUUCUGAGCUGGUAUGAAAUCGGCAGAAUGCUUGGUAAAGGAGGAUUCGGAUCUGUUUAUGAAGGGAAACGAUUGGAGGAUGACCUUGAGGUGGCUGUGAAAAUCGCCAGAAAGCCACGAAACAUGAAAUACAUCUCCAUUCCUGGUCAUCCCGCACCCCUUCCAUUAGAGGUCGGCCUGUUGAUCCUUGCUAACAGGGGUCCCAAAGUUCCAGAAAUCAUUGAGCUGCUGGACUGGCAGGACCAACCUGACCAAUACAUCAUGAUCUUGGAGCGUCCCUCACACUGCCAAGAUCUCUGGGAUUUUUUGGAGAGUCACGGCGGCACCCUCAAUGAGGACACAGCACGGUUUAUAAUGACGCAGGCAUCAAUGGCCGCUCACAUGUGCUGUUCCCGUGGAGUUUUCCACCGAGACAUUAAGUUGGAGAACUUGCUAAUAAACACCAAAACACUUGAGGUCAAACUGAUCGACUUCGGCUGUGGGGAUUUCCUCCAGGAAUCUAGCUAUGAAAGAUUCUGUGGCACAGAUGAUUACUGCCCACCUGAGUACUUCACAGAGGGCAAGUACCACGGUAAACCAGCUACUGUGUGGUCUCUGGGAGUGCUCUUAUUCUUGCUGGUCUGUGGACGCUUUCCAGAACCCAUAGAUUUUCAGAGGAUUGAUGACAACGUCUGGUUUGAGCCUGGCUUGUCAAACAAAUGCUGCUACCUGAUUCGAUCCCUCCUGCAGAAAAACCCAAGCUGGCGGAUUGAUUUGAAGAAAAUCAUUUUCCACGAAUGGUUUAUGACGUCAACAUAUCAUCUGGUGACCUAGACAAGACAGUGGCAUCCCUCCCUUCAUGCCUUGGCUGGCGACUCUUGGCUUGCUAACGGCCCACUCCAAAGGAUCCAAAGGACGUUAUUGUUCAUUAAAUAUUAUUGUACAUAUCAAUAAAUAAUAUUUUAUAUAAAUAAUAUUGGACUACCUGGUAUUGAGAAGCAGUCUGUGUGUUAGUGGUGGGGAUUUUUCAGCAACUUCAGUUCACACUCUAUUUUUCUUGACGUUCUGAACUUCACAAUGGGAUAUCUUGGUAUUAUGGAUCUGUCAAUGAUGAAACAGACUGUUUUUGUAUCUCUAAAUCAUCACAUACAGGUCAUAAUUCAUUCUAAUUGAAAACACUUGAUUUCAAUUACAUCUAUUUCUCCACCCA